CAAAAAAGUACACGGUACGUUCUAAGCAUACCAUUCUGGCCGCAGCGUGUGUGCAUCAUAAAGUAUUUCAUAUUAUUUCUUAACAUAUAUAUAUAUGUAUGUAUAUACGUGUCCGCUCAGCCGAUGUUUCCACUGCAUUGAUCAUAUUUAUUAAAUCUAUGGGGUACAUUUAUCGUCGAAUUUUUUUUAAUAUUCUUUGCAUGCUUGCAUAAGGCGCCUAGUGCGCCUUCCCGUCACAAUGAAGAUGUGUCGGGCACAAUUACUUCUCCACUUUUUGGUGCUUAGCCUCUUACCUUUCGUUCACACAGAUGAGCACAAUCAUAUCUAUGAAGAUAAUGAUGAGGUUGUACUAUGGAUGAGUACGGUCGGACCAUACCAUAACAGACAAGAAACAUACUCUUAUUAUUCUUUACCAUUUUGUAUGGGUAUGAAAGAUGUUAUUAACCAUCAUCAUGAAACCUUGUCCGAAGCACUUCAGGGUAUUGAAUUAAAGUUUAGUGGUUUAGAUAUCGAAUUCAAAGCGGAUAUCUCUAAAACAGAAUAUUGUCAAAUAAAUUUGCCAGAAGAAAGUUUGAAGGCUUUUGUAUAUGCUGUUAAAAGUCAAUAUUGGUACCAAAUGUACAUUGAUGACUUACCAAUUUGGGGUGUUGUAGGUGAACCAGAUGAAAAUAAUGGGGUAGUUUCAUAUUAUAUAUGGACGCACAAAAAAUUUGAUAUAGGAUAUAAUGGUAAACAAAUAGUCGAUGUCAAUUUAACAAGCGAUAACAAAGUUAAACUUGUACAAGGUGCUCAAAUAUCUUUCAGUUAUGAAGUUAACUGGAAAAAGAGCAAUAUUAAAUUUGCUGAUAGAUUUGAUAAGUACCUGGAUGCUAGUUUCUUUCAACACAGAAUUCAUUGGUUCAGUAUCUUUAAUAGUUUUAUGAUGGUUAUUUUCCUUGUUGGACUUGUAUCCAUGAUAUUAAUGCGGACUUUGAGAAAGGAUUAUGCAAGGUAUAGCAAAGAUGAAGAAAUGGAUGAUAUGGAGCGAGAUUUGGGAGAUGAAUAUGGAUGGAAACAAGUGCAUGGGGAUGUUUUUCGCCCAGCUAGUCAUGCAAUGUUAUUUUCAGCUCUCAUAGGAACUGGAUAUCAAGUUACUGUUGUUGUUCUCAGUGUAAUUAUUUUUGCUAUUCUUGGAGAACUUUAUACAGAACGAGGUUCUAUGCUAUCAACUGCAAUAUUUGCUUAUGCAGCCACCUCAUCUAUAAAUGGUUAUGCAGGUGGUGGUUUGUAUGCACGAAUGGGUGGACGUGUUUGGAUCAAACAAAUGAUCCUCAGCGCCUUUAUGUUACCCAUUAUGGUUUGUGGAACUGCAUUUUUCAUUAAUUUUAUUGCCAUGUAUUAUCAUGCUAGUAGAGCUAUUCCUUUUGGAUCAAUGGUGGCAGUGACAUGUAUUUGUAUAUUUGUUAUUUUACCUCUUACAUUGGUAGGCACUAUUUUGGGCCGUAAUCUUGCUGGAACACCUGAUGCUCCAUGCAGAGUAAAUGCAGUUCCAAGACCAAUACCAGAAAAAAAAUGGUUCAUGGAACCAUUGGUUAUAAUAAUGCUUGGUGGAAUCCUACCAUUUGGAUCUAUUUUCAUUGAAAUGUAUUUUAUUUUUACCUCAUUCUGGGCAUAUAAAAUUUAUUAUGUUUAUGGUUUUAUGUUACUAGUGUUUAUUAUCCUCAUGAUAGUGACAGUCUGUGUAACUAUUGUAUGUACAUAUUUCUUAUUGAAUGCUGAAGAUUACCGAUGGCAAUGGACAAGUUUCCUUGCAGCAGCUUCAACAGCGGGAUAUGUGUACAUUUAUUCAUUUUAUUACUUUUUCUUCAAGACUAAAAUGUAUGGUCUCUUCCAAACAGCAUUUUACUUUGGCUAUAUGGCACUAUUCAGUCUGGUCUUAGGUAUUAUGUGUGGUACAGUUGGUUAUAUGGGUACUAGUACGUUUGUACGAAAAAUCUACUCCAUAGUCAAGAUAGACUAAUGCAGUUUUAGUGAAACUUAUGUACUGUGGAAUAAAGUAGGAACUUUAUUCGUACGGCGUACUGCUCUCGGUGACGAACAUUUGCGAACGUGUGAUGUGUCUUUACAAGGCAGUAUUUUCAGUUUGAUUAUAAAGAUAUAUAUAUUGUCUAUCUUUCUAAGGAGUAUAUUAAUUUUUUAAGUAUCACCAUAUAUAUAUAUUAAUAAUUACAACGAAAUAAUGUUUGAUAAUUAAACAUGUGUAAUUUAUUGUCAUAAAUAGUAGGUUCGCAUUCAAAUCGAGAACAGUUCGCGAAAUAUUAUUGGUAUGGCAAUGAUCAUGAGUAUUCAGUAACUAUAUGAUUAUAAAUCUUAAAAUCAUGAUCACACUAAAUUCAUGUCAUAUAAAUAAAAUUGGUUUUAAAAAUUGUGUAGAUAAAAAUAUUUCAAUUUGGUUAUAUUCAAAACAUUGUAAGUUCAAUUUGUUUAUACAAUUUAUGUACUUCCAUUCUGCACAACAUAAUUAUGUUGUUUCGUGCAUUAAAAAUAUUUUCUAUAAGGUAUUUUAUUCCUUGUUAUAGCAAUAUAUAUAUAUAUAUAUAUAAUUUAAAACAUCGUGGAGAGACGAAAAAUAAUAAUGCCCUAAUAAAUGUUCUAAUAAUAUAUAAAACAUUCUCCAGUAUAAACUAACCUGCUUCCUAGACAUGACAUUUUUUUAACGCAAUUACAUUAACAAGUGCAAUAAUACUGUUGAAAAUAAAAAUUGUUUUUAGCGACUAAUAAAAUCCUAAUACAUUAUUUGUUAUCACAUUUAUAUGUUAUAAAAAUUAAUUGCACUUUGAGAAACAGCUUAGAUAAAAUGUAUGAGUGAAACGAAUUUUUUAGUUAUACAUUAGUACAUAAUAAACAAUUGCUAAGAUUAUCUUAAUUUAUAUGUGGAUAAAUAGAUAUAAUGAAGCAACCGAGAUAUAUAUAUAUAUAUAUAUAUAUAUAUAUAUAUAUAUAUAUAUAUAUAUAUAUAUAUAUGUAUAUAUGAAGUUGUCAUGGCUGCUACUUUAAGAAUUUUAUAACACACUUGUAUUACGCAAUUUUCUGCUAAAAAUGUUUAUGUUACUGCUUGAAUAAUAGAUAAUAGUAUGGUGCAAUAGUAAGUUCUUAAGGAAAAAAAAUUUUCAAUCUUUUUCAUUAAAAAGGAUUACUAUGAAAACAAAUUCAUUCGUGGUAUUUAAUAAUAUUGGAAUAUGAAAUUGUACCAAAUUGUAUUUUUUUUAUAAAAUAUUAUUGAAUGAGGUAUAUUAGUGAAGAUAUUUGAAUGGAUGGAUGAUAUGUUAUUAGACGCAGAAGAUAUAAAAAAAUUUUAAGUAAAUUUCUACGUAUAACAUUAUUUCAUUUAUAUCUCAUUCUGUUAUAAAUACUAUCAUUGAUAACAUAAGUAUUCAUGUUGUAAAUGUAUUGAUAAAGUUACAAAUAUCAUUGUAUCACGUGACUUCGAUUGUGCUACGAAAUAAUCCGAAUUAUUUUGUAUAAAAUAAAAUAAUAUAACAAUCAA